UCCAAUGUUGAAAUAUUAUGGUGCUGUUUAAAUUGUAUUGAUUUGCACUCCAAAUAUUAUGCAGUUAUUGAAAAUGGCCUUUGCAAGCAUCUUUGCUUGAAAAUGUUUCCUGAACUAUCUGGUGUUGGACAUGUCAUUGAGGUAGAGAACAUGAUUGAACCAGUGAGUAACAUGCUUGGAAGUUCUUCGAAUUGGGAAUGUCUUAAGAGAAAUCAUAAAGUCUAUGCGUUCCUAGCAUGUGGUCUCACUCCUUCUAUCAGCAAAAAUUGCAUCUCGGAUGCCAUAAGUGCAUCCAGCACCGAUAACUACCCUGAAGAAAGUGUUCUGAAUACGUUGGACCCUCGAGAUAGAACUGAUUUUAGAGCAUCGUACUGGUCUAGUAAAGGGGAAAGUGAUCCUUCUGUACCAGAGACUUUAGUUUAUAAGCUAGCUUCCAAAAUAUGUCUAAUCACUGAGAUUAAUGUGCAGCCAUUCAAAGCAUAUUUUCAGCCAGGCCUCCCUAUAUAUUCAGCAAAAGCUGUCCGAUUCCGAAUGGGCCGUCCAAAAUACCCGACAGAGUCAGAGAGUGCUGAAGUUGAUGAUAUUAUUGCUAAUCACAUGUUUGGGGGUAAUCUAUGGACAUAUACAUCACCUGAAUUUCCAAUGUUGCAAGAAAACUGCUUGCAGAAAUUCAAGCUACCUGAACCUGUUCUGUGCAUUGGAGGUGUGCUUCAAGUUGAGCUGCUGGGCAGAGUUCAAAAACAAGAAAUAGAUCAAUUAUUUUACAUAUGCAUCUCUCAUGUUCAAGUCGUCGGAUGGCCACUUUUGCCAGCAUUUGAUGUCAAAAUACACCAUCCAUCAGGAAAGUGUACAUUGAAGUACUGCCCUCAAACAGAUUGUUGUAUGUCUCCAACAAGAAGAGGCGACUCUAGCAGUCCUUCACGACUGCGGAAUUUUACCACAAGUAUAAUGCAGAGGGGCGUGAGACGUUGGGAGCAAAUUCUUAUUGCUGCACUGCUUGGUCCUGGUGCUGUUGUAGUUGAUGAAUGAUGAAAAAUAGUGAAUCAAGUCUUGUUGAUUCUCAAUAAACUGAGAAACUUGUGUAAAUGGGAGCAUCAGGAAUUAGCUGCUUUUAGCUGCAAAGAUAUAGGCAUUAGGCAAUCUAAAAUUUGUGCAUGUCCAGAUAUCUGUAUAGUAUGUUCUCUGCACAAUAAGCAGUACGACUACGAUGUAGCAGCAUAAUUUCAUCUUAAUCUCUUCUUUUCUGUGGGAUGAGAUGAUGGCUUCUUGAAAGUUACUACUGAGAGCACGUUACUGCCAUAUA